UUUUUUUUUUGCCUGGUUUUGGUGGGUCAAGAAAUUCACAUCAUUGACGACAUUUUAAGUGAAAACAAGCAACAUCCGGGUCUCUUUAGCAAGUUUUCACAUGACAGCUGCAAGGUAAGCUGAUUAUCUGGGCUAGAGAUUACGUGAUUUCUGCAAGGUAAGCUGAUUAUCUGGGCUAGAGAUUACGGGAUAUCUGCUAGGAAGGCUCACGGAAGCUGAAUCAAGCUGCGAGGUAGGCUUAAUUUCUGGGUUAAAGUUUCAGAUUUACAUAAUUUGCUCUUAACCCUGUCUCGAUUUACAUGUAAAAUCAGCAAUUUACAUUUGAAAAUGCGUGAAAGAUAAUAUAGGUUUCAUUCUGGGUAACCAUGUUAGCUGGAAAAAAUAGUCUACACCUUAUCUUGUUUCUUGCCUCCUAAUCGCUUUACAAUUUUUUAAUAGUUUAACGGCUUAAACUAUUUAUCAUUGAUUUCUCUCGUACAUUUUUUAAAAUAUUUAUUUCUCAACCAAUUAUUUGAAUACUUUCCCCAAACCGCUACAUUACAUUUUCCGUGUUUACGUCCACAGAUCUUUAUGUUCGCCGACGCGGUGUGUAACCUCAUGUCGACGUGGCUGAUAGUAGCCAUGGCCAUUGAAAGACUCUGCGUCGUGUACAUGCCUUUCAGACGGAACAUGUGGUGUCAGCAGCGUGGUGCCGUCAUCAUCAUCAUUUCCCUGUUCUGUGUCUUCUCCUGUACCCAGGUGUUCAGGUGA